UCAGUGCUGCUAUAUGAGACCCAGCUCGGACUCUCUGUCAGGAGGGAUCGCCAGGCUGCUGACAGUGACAGGCUUGAAGAAGACUGCAGACUUUCCUCCACCAUUCGGUAAUCCAGUCAGAGAAUACCGGAUCCACAAUGCAUGACCAGAUUGCUCUCUUGGCUUUUGUUACAGUGGCAGCUGUUUUGGAACAAGUGUACUUCUCCAUGCAAGUGAUCUGGGCACGGCGAAGGUUUAAGAUCUCUCCUCCUAAUACAUCAGGCCAUCCAUGUUUUGAACGAGUCUUCAGAGCUCAGCUAAACUGCUCAGAAUACUUUCCACUUUUUGUGUCAGUUCUGUGGAUUGCAGGAUAUUUUUUCCAUGAGGGAGCUGCAGCAGCCUGUGGUCUCUUUUAUCUGUAUAUGAGGUAUGAGUAUUUUCAUGGAUAUGCAGCAUCUGCAGAAAAAAGGCUGAAGCCCAUGUACAUCAGUGCUACUCUAAUCUGGAUUCUCAUUGGAUUGUCAUUGGUUGGCUUGAUGGAGCAUUUCAUAUUUAUGUGUUUUGGUGUUCAUAUUAAAGAAGGUCUGGGAUGGAAGUUUUUUUGAUUAUUUUUUUUUUUAAUUUAUAAUUAUUUUAAUUUUAUCAGAUUGUAAGCCUUAGCAGGCAGGGUUUCCACAACAACAGUUUUACUGUUUCACAAAUAUGUAUACCCCUGUACAACAGUGCAGACAUUGUUAGGAUUGUUAAAAUAAUAGAAUAUUUGUGAUA